CCUCCUCUCCCACUCCCGACCACCUGUCUUACCUUCAAGCAGCUCAACCUUCUGGGGAGAUCAAAGGUGGUCCUAUUUUACUUCAGACUACUCGCCUCUCGAUUUAUCACGCAGUAACUCGAUCCUUUCCGCCUGACGAUCAGGUCAGCAAUGACGGUCGAGUACGUGUAUGCCCUACACGACUUUCAGGCAGAGAAGGAGGAUGAGGUUUCCUUCAAGGCAGCAGAUAGAAUUGAGGUGAUAGAGAAAGACGACCUCUACGGAGAUGGCUGGUGGCAGGUAUGUUAUAUAUAAUUCAACCGGACCAUAUUCUCUGUCACUUUCGUAUCGGAUGCUCAUGCUCGAAAUUUAAAUCGAAGGGCAAGAAUCUCGCUGGCCAAGUCGGUCUAUUUCCAGCAAGCUACACGACCGCAGUUCCUCCAGUUCCUCCGAUACCACCUCACAUCCUCGAGGCAUCGACAUCUGGCGUCACGUUUACGACGGUGACAGCUACCGAUGCAACCGAGGGACCAAACGGUAUACCGAAUAGCACUACUCUCAAGGGAUUAAGUGAACAAUCCGAGCUUGCACAAGCGCCCUCCGUCUACAUCAAUGGGAAAGACAGUACGAAGAGCCAUUCUCAAGAGAUGCAAGCCACCAUGACUGACGUACAGCAAGCUAUCGAACAACUUGGGCGAAGCACAGGAGUUCCCUCGAUAGACGACCGUGAUGGUGGGCGCUCGUUCAGUUUUGCCAGUUCAAGAGGCGAUGGGGACACUGACCGGGAAACUGACACCGAUUUUGACAUGAGUGAUGUGGAUCAAAACGCUGAAGAUGGUGAAGGUUGGCAUAAGGGUGCAAGGACCAGGCUGGCCGAGAAGGCUCGGCGUGCUGUAGAAGAGGCAGAGAAACUCGAGAUGAUGAUGGGAGGUGGCGUCAGAGAAGACCGAUUAUCUGCGCCGCCAAUCCCACUAGAGAUGAGUGACGAGAGUGAGGGUGAAGGCGAUGAGGAGGAUCUCGCGACCCAUUCAUCGUCCUUUUUCCGGCGGCAUUCUCGAAUUCCUGAGGAAGAGGAGGAGGAGGAGGAAGAUGAAGAUAAACACGAGACCACUCAAGAGGGACAAGUUUCUACUACAGAACGCGAUGAUACGGACCCCCAAACUGCGACGGCCACACGAACCUCAUUUCCAUCUAUGGAACCCCCUCCAGCUCAGAACACGAUAGCGACGCCCCCUUCUUCCCAUACACCCGUACCCGAUGCAGGAACUCCCGACAAUCUCAAGCGAACCACACCGCUGCGUGAUUUUGUUGUGUCACCCUCACCGACAACAGCAUCACAUAUCCUGACUGCAGCUGGCUUGCCAUCAUCUUCUCUCGGGGGUGAUGACUUUGCGCGAUCUUCAUCAGGGACUCCAUCAUCUCAGAAACGUGUAUCUUCUCCACGACCUCUUCUUACCCCCACCACUCCUGCGUUUACCGCAGCCGCGAUAUCAUCACCUACCUCUGCGGUAUACGGAAGUGAAAUAACUACUCACUCCAGUCCUCGUCACUCUGCCACUACUACUAUCUCCACCUCUACCGCACCCACAUCUGCUGUACCAUCUACUACUCCCCCAGCAUCCGGCUUAACACUUCCGGCUGAUCCAGCUACCUGGACUCUUGAAAAUGUCCUUACAUGGCUCAAGCAGCGAGGGUUCGACGAGACUGUUGCUGAGAAAUUCACAGAGCAGGAAAUUACGGGCGAUGUUCUCCUCGAACUCGACGUACAGGUACUCAAGAACGAGAUUGGUAUCAUGGCGUUCGGCAAGCGUGCUAGACUGGUUACAGCAAUAAACGAACUGAAGAGAGGAAUGGGGAUCGGUAGUGAUGCAGGGAGUCCGAUCCACCAAUCUCUUUCGCUCUUCCCCGGGACAAUGUCAAACUCGCCUCAUUCAAUUCAUUCCGCUGGUCAUUCGAGAAAUCAGAGUCAAAGUCAGCAGAGUGCUAGGUCUUUUCCUGGAACAGCCAUUGACAUGGCGUCCGUUGGAGGCAAUACUAAUGGACUGGGAAUCUACCAGAAUGGGGAUGGAAUCAUUAAUGGUAAUGGCGUCAAUGGGAAGACGCGGCCGUCGAAUUUAACGCUCUCACCUGCUGAUAUCAACGAAGAACGAGAAAGGGAUGCAUUCAGUGAAAACGAAGCAGCACCGACGACAUCCAGCUCACGAAGGCGGUUCUUUGGCCUGUCUAUUGACUCAAGUCGUUCGCUGGGAUCCGGCUCUCGUUCCCCUGUCAUUGGAGAUAGAGACAGCAUGGUUGAGAGUCUGAAGGAAGGGAAAGAGAAGGAAAAAGAAAAAGAGAAGGACAAGGAUUCUUCGAGUAUAGCUACCACCAGCAGUGCCAGGCAUGCUCGGAAUAAGAAGAGCGUGGAUAACGGAAGGAGCACAGGCGAGAGACUUAGUAUCUUUGGAACCACCUUCGGUGGAUCUUUAGGUAAAAGUCGGAAGCCCCCUCCGCGAUAUAGUGGUGACGAUGUCGGUGCGCUAUCUGGUUCCGAAAAAGACAAGUCCCCUUCCUUCCAUCUUCCACGACUCCAUGGAUCCAAGAGACCGGGAUCCUCAAGCGGUCCGAAAGACAAGCCAAAGUUUGAGAUCUCCGUUAUUCCAGAAGGCAAAAACAAAGAGAAGGAAGAUAAGCCGACGACUUCCACUAGUCCAAACCCGUCGCUACUCCGCAAGCGGACUUCUUCCUAUCCGGGCCCUCACAAGGAGAAAACGGCCCCGGGCGGUGUUGCCAACGAUGUCCGUAAAGGCAAGGAUAACGAGGGUGACACACAUAUGAGUCCAUUGAAACCUGGCCAAAGCGUGUUGGAGCAAAUUGGAGAGCCGGAUCAUUCGGGAUGGAUGAGGAAGAGGGGAGAACGAUACAACAGUUGGAAGUUGAGAUACUUCGUGCUCAAGGGUUCUCAUCUAUACUAUUUGAGGAGCGAUAUUGCUUCGGAAACGAAGAUCAAAGGCUACAUCAACAUUAUUGGAUACAAGGUCACCGUCGAUGAGAACGUCAACCCUGGAAAAUAUGGGUUUAGGAUAGAUCAUGAUAGCGAUAAGACUCACUAUUUCAGCUCUGACGAGAAAUUGUCGUUGAGGGAAUGGAUGAAGGCUAUCAUGAAGGCUACUAUUGGACGGGACUAUACCCGACCUGUGGUUUCCUCGUGCAACAUCCCGACUAUACCUCUGACAGUGGCACAGGCUAUGAAUCCCGCACCUCGACCACCCUCACCCACUGCGCGUGCCGCAACACAGAAGGCCCUCCGCCGCGAGAACCCGAACCAGCUAUCCAGCCGGGAUGCUCGCGUCUUGAUGGGUCUACCAAAUCCAGAUUCCAAGGACCAGCGGGAAAGGCUGGACACGUUCUUUACACAGGAAGCUAUCCCCCCCGAAACGAUUGGAACUGUGAGAGACAGGGCAAGUACGACGCCGGCUCCACCCCGACCGUCCAGAGAAGCUAGGAGAGGGAGUGUUUCAACCGCAGCGAACGUCCCAGUCGAUGGUAGCCUCAUCGAAUGGGCCAACUCAUACCUUCCUUCCUCCCUCCAGAUCACUGAUACUUCCGGUCCGAUAUGCAAUGGUCUCACCAUCCUGCGACUGGCGGAAGCUAUCAAAGGACGACCUUCCUCGCCACCUGUUUCCGACUCCGCGUUCCCAACUGAUCCUAAUGAUGACAAGCUUGAAGGGCUUUUCAGACUGUUUGAUUUCCUUCUCGAUAACGAAGUUAAGAUGGGGAGUGUCAGCAUCAAUGAUAUUAGAUCAGGAAAGCGCGACAAGGUCAUUCAGCUGUUGAAGGCUCUGAAGGCGUGGGAGGACAAGCGAAAGGCGAUUGCGAAUACUAUCGGUGGGAGGGGAACAGUAAAUGCUGGUGGGUUCAUGGCUCCUACGUCUGCACCCUUGGUGGGAUUGUAUUAAAUUUUUUGCUUCUUCUCUCUCCUCUCUUUUUUCUCCAUGGACGCACACAUUUUUCCAAUGCGUUCAUCAGUGUAAAAUUAUAUUAUCCAACUCUCAAGGGACAUUUUAUUCAAGGACACCUGUUGGCUAUCUCAUUCCAUACACUACACUGAAAUUGUCAUUUGCUGCUGCUCUUUCUUUCGUGUCAUUAUUUUGCUAUGAACAGUUACUCGAUUCCUAUUGGUGUUUUUAUUUUCUCUCCUUAGAAUCCAAUUUUUCUUUUCUAAAAUUGCUAAUUGGUGUCUGUCUUUUCUUUCUAAACAGACAAAGAAAUCGCAUCUACAUAUUAUCAUAUGAUGCGUGCUUGAACAUCAACAACAGGUCAUUCAACUGAAGGUUGGCAGCAAGCAGUAGGGCAUCUGGAAGAACUCAUCUGUUUCACAAAACUUUGGGAUAAUGUAGUGGUCCAUGUUCAUGAUUUCAAUCAAAUAUCAUUAUUCUUCAUUUUACAAAAAAGAUAAAGAAAUCCAUCAGACUGACACCCUCCUCGCUGGCAACGACUUCAGAGGAUCCUAAAGGAUACCCAAAGCGCGAAGCCAAACGUCCUCGAGACUUCAAAUGAAGAAGUCGUGUUCUCAGUAUGAACGAGGGAGCGCGAAUGUCAUCGACUGGAUUUGAAGAAGUGGCAUUUGUAAAAAUGCGAGACUCGGUCAGUUUCUAUAAAAAGAUCCUGAUGAG